AGCGGGCCCGUGACGUCACGUCGACUUCCAACCCGUCAGACGCCUGAACGUGAGAGAGAGAGAGAGAGAGAGAGAGAGAGAGAGACUGGCUGGCUGGCUGACUGACUGACUGAGAGAGAGAGCGAGCAAACGGAUUGGAGCUAAUCUUGAUUGACGGACACACUGCAUGAUGCGUGAAUACAAGUUAGUAGUCCUCGGCUCUGGAGGUGUCGGCAAGUCUGCACUGACUGUUCAGUUUGUUCAGGGGAUCUUUGUGGAGAAAUAUGACCCCACAAUAGAAGACUCGUAUAGAAAGCAAGUGGAGGUGGAUGGCCAGCAGUGCAUGUUGGAGAUCCUGGACACUGCAGGGACGGAACAAUUCACAGCCAUGAGGGACCUGUACAUGAAGAACGGCCAGGGCUUCGCACUAGUAUACUCCAUAACUGCACAGUCCACAUUCAAUGACCUGCAGGACUUGAGAGAACAGAUCCUGCGAGUCAAAGACACUGAUGAUGUGCCGAUGAUCCUGGUGGGGAAUAAGUGUGAUCUGGAGGAUGAGAGAGUGGUGGGAAAGGAACAGGGACAGAACCUGGCCCGCCAGUGGAACUCCUGUGCCUUCCUCGAGUCCUCUGCAAAAUCCAAGAUUAACGUCAAUGAGAUCUUCUAUGACCUGGUCCGGCAAAUCAACAGGAAAACCCCAGUACCUGGGAAGGCACGCAAAAAGUCCAACUGUCAGCUGCUCUAAUACACAGCUGUUCUGUUGCUCUGAGCCAGGUCUGAUUUGCUGCUGUGUCUGUCAGCAGUGCCAGCAUUCCGACGUUACUAAAAACCUAACAUCGAAUGGACUUUCCUGUGUGGUGAUGCCCCUUUAAAGAAAACCAACCGACAGAUUCAAGGCUACAGUAUCAUAUUUUUUGCACAUAGAUAACCAUCAACACUUUCCAGAGUUGCAAGAAAGAUUUUUACUUAUAAAUAUAUAAAUAUAUAUUCUAACUGUAUGCAACUAAAAUAGACCAAUAAUUCCGUGGAUAAACGAAUAAAGUCCUAAAAAGAAUUUUUAAAAAACCCAGAGCCUACACACAGUGUUAUUGCUAACGGAGUCAGCCACCGUUGGAAAAGUAAGGAGCGUGUGUUGAACCUGACUGUGCACGUUGCCAUGGCAAUUACAAUGAUGCGAUAUUUAUAAGCACCACUAUUUUAGCCAGAGAUGAGAGGAAGUCCAAAGACACCUAUAUAGUCCAUUUCAUACAGCUAACUUUGCUCCUUGGUUUCUGUGCAUUUCUUUCUGUAGAUUUUGUCUUUUGUAACAUUUUGUUCUUUUUUUGUUUUCUUUUCUUUUCUUUUAUUUCCAUCCUAAUUUUUUUUCUCCUUCCUGCAUUUUCUCUUUUUAAAUGUUACUAGUUUUUUGCUCUGCCAAGAUGGUAUAUCACAUGAACUAUUGAUAUGAGUUUUAUCUUUAGGAAAAACCUGUGGAUACAUGUAUGUGUAAAAAUUAAAAAAUAUAAUGAUUUCUGUCACUAUUAUGUUGUUCUUAGCCUCAAAUGCCUUCGAAUAUGUAUUUAGACCUUUUUUUCCCUUCCAGGUGAAUCCAACAACAACAAAAAAAAACUUAAUCGAUCUCUCAUACCAGGUUUCUUGUCUUGUUUACAGAGACAUUUGUACAGUUUGGGGUGCUCACAUGGGGCGGGGGGCACUGCUGAAAGGGACAUUCACGCUUCACCUUGAAAGAGCGAAACGUAAUAAAUCGGCUUCGCAACACGUGAUCUCUCGUUUAUGAAAUAUCAACUGUCCAAUCCCUUUCACAGGAUUCUCCUAAACUACUACAGGAAGUACAUUUUAAAGAAUUAAAGGUAACACUUUCUAUUAAGCCAUAGUGGCUAAUUAUUCCAACUGUGCUGAGUCGGUAAUGAUUUCUUUUUAUAAAGGCUAAUAAUGUUUCAUAAAGAUCUAAUCAUGUGCAGUAUACAUAAUCGUCUAACACAGCUGCGGCUAUUCGUUAUAAAGCCUCGUGGUGUACUACACAACCUUUAUAACUAAGAUUAGCUUUGAGUAUUUAAAGCAGCUGUAACAUGUAUAACAAUUGUUUAAAUAAAACUUAAACAUUCUCUUUACUUGAAACACUGAGCAGUGACCUUGAGCUUAAUAAUAAUCAUAUUUCUAGAAUUGUUCAUAUUAGUUAUUUAUAUGUUGUUAAUAGUAAAAAAAUAAAAAAUAAAGGUUGUGGAGUACAGCAUAAUGAACAGCAACACCAUGGUUAUGUAUUCUCAUGGAAUUAUUUACAGAGCUUCAUUAGAGCAUUAUGUGACAUUAUUAGAGUUACAGGGAAUCAUUACCAAUUUACCCAGAAUUAUGAGCACAGUUGUAAUGAUUAAUAAAAAAUGGGUUUCAUCUAAAAUAUCGAGAUUUUAAUUGAAAAAUUUUCAGUAAUAUCAGUGUCUACACUGCAUUUACUGAUCUUCUCUCUAAAUGUAAUUACCUUCCCCCUGACCCUCCCUUUUGCCUGCGAAUGCAACUGAUCAUUUUGGAUCCUGUCAGUAAACUUUAUAUAUAUAUAUUAUAAUAAUAAUAAUAAUAAUAAUAAUAAUAAUAAUAAUACGCCUUGCCUGUUAGUGACUGUUUCACUUUUGUAAAACUUGGUUUGAACUGUUUUUUUGUCUGCGUUUCUGUGGGAAUUACUGUAGUGAAUGUCGGGGUGGGGGACGCUGUGUUUACUGAGCAGGGAGAAAAGGGAACAAGAGUUUAACGGGAAGAAGAAAAAAAAAAUUAAAAAAGACCUUAUUGUAACACGUGCAAUCAUAUGAGGCGUCCAUAAAGCAUUCAUGAGAUUUAGAUGAACUGUGAGGCAUCAAGCCUUUGUGUCUUUCCCAGCAUUGAAAUUCAUGUGUCUUUUUGGCUCCAAGUGCACCAUGGAUGCUUUAUGCAUGCAUUAUAGAGGUUCACUCAGUAAAAAAAAAAAAAAGAUAACUGUGAUUAAAAAAAAAAAAAGAAAUCUGUUAAACAAUGCCGAACGUGUGAUGAAGGUUAACAUUGAGAUUUUUGUUCUGGUGAUUCUGUAAUCAAAUGCUUUGUUGGAAUACUGUUUGUUUUUUGUUUUGUUUUUGGGGUUUCUUUUUUUAAACAAAAUCACGGUGAGGUUGAACCUGUGAGAGAGCCGCAGUAUUUGAAGUGAAACAGAGUCGGGGGAAGAGGGUGGGAGGGUGGAUCGUUGGCCAAAUGUAAACUUAAAAGCCUUAAUUGAAGUGGUGCAAUUUUGUAUAAUCGAGCGUCUGUAGUUCAAUAAAUUGGAUUGCCAUGCAAGGGCUUGCAAGAAGCCAGUUCUGCCACUUGAUUGUGUAUUGUUUCACAGUUCUUCUGUCAAUAAAAUCAGUUUAACAUUUGCUUUAAUGAUGA